UUGACCCCACGGCUCGCCCCGAGACGCAUAUGGCUUUGUGCCAUGGGUGGCGAAUUACGUUGUCCACGACGUAUUCGAUGGCGGCUUCUUUGGAAGUGAAGGUGUCCCAUGAGCAGAACUCGCUCACCUUUUCGUCGGAGUACCUGUUUUUGAGAUUUAGAAGAUAAUGAGAAUAAGUUCGAGAAAUGUUCAAAGCUGAGAAUUUUCAAUUUCAGGUAGUACCAUUUCAUGAAGUCGUCGGCGUCGGAGAUAUCCAGUGGCCGGAGAGUGAUGUCGCAGUCGGAAUAUCUUUCCAUGGAAUUUUGGUAUUGAAUUGGAAAUGGUCAUCUCCACUUAGAGUCAACAGGAAUGAAUUUCUUGGUCAUGAAGGAAAAGAGAUUAUUGAUCCGUAGUGGACUGCUUUUGCUGAGAAAUUACAUGGGAAAGUGAGUGCGUGCUCUGUCAAAAUCCCCAUAUACUAGUCGACUAGCCACUUUUGUGGAAGCUCAACAUCUUACUGGUCUAGCUAAAAGAACUUGAUCUGUCUCUGACAUAUAUUGAAGUCCUGCGAUUCAUUCCAGUGGUUGCUCGUCCAAGCUUCUGAUGAAUCUAAAGUAUUCAAGAGCUUUGAUCCAGGCCCAACCCAGAGCAUUAAAUGUCAAAUGGACUACUCAAGACUCUCUCCGUCCCUUCCGACCGUCUGAUGCCGAGGACUUUCUAGCAUGGGCAAGAGAUGAUAAGGUCACUCAUUACCUAAGAUGGAAGACAAUUACAUCGAGAGAAGAAGCCUUAAUCUACAUCCAGCAAGUAGCCAUUCCACACCCUUGGCGCCAAUCAAUUUGCCUUGAUAAUCAUUCCAUCGGAUACAUCUCCGUUAAGCCGGAGUCCAGCAAUGACCGACACCGGGCCCACGUGGGUUACGCCAUUGGGAGUGAGUAUUGGGGUCAAGGGAUUGUCACGGCAGCUCUGAAGAUCGCUAUCCCCAUUGUUUUCGAGAAGUUCCCCUUUUUAGUAAGGUUGGAAGCUUUGGUGGAGGAGGACAAUGUAGGGUCUCAGAAGGUGUUAGAAAAGGUUGGCUUUGUAAGGGAGGGAUUUUUAAGGAAAUAUGGCUUCAACAAAGGUGAGAUCAGAGACAUGUUCAUUUACAGUUUCUUGAAAACUGAUAAAAUUGCAUCAUGAAUAUAAUAGCUAUGGGGAUAACGCUAGAUGGAUUAGUUGCUGCUGUUUUAUUACAUUACAGA